AUGGCUCAGGAGAUCAACCUCCCUGACUUCGACUCCUUACCCAAGGUCGAGGGAAUGCCCCAAGGCUGCGCCUGGGGUAUUUUCGAUAAGGAUGGUGAGAAGGACGUAUUCGGAACCCUAAAUCUGCUCACGCCGAGUGUCGUGAAAGCUGCGGCUGCAGAGGUCCAGGACGGCGUAACGAUAUCCCUCAACUGGGGCAUCGACAGUUUCAAGUCGCCGAUAAUCGGACGAAAGCUGCUCAGUCACAAGGUUCUAUGCUCCAAGGACAAACCCAAUUGGAAGUGGAUCUCCUUCGACGAUGAAAUCGAAUUCAACACCCAGUGUAGCAGCCAAUGGGAUAGCUUGUGCCACUUCGCGCACCAGCCCACUGGUCUCUUCUACAACGGAGCUCAACCGAGUGCUGAUGAUCUCAGCGACCCCGAGAAAGCGUUGCAAUUCCCAACCCUGAACCGCUGGCACACUCGUGGCGGCGUCGUCGGUCGCGGCGUUCUCAUCGACUACAAAGCCUACGCCGACGCCAACAACAUUUCCUAUUCCCCCUUCGAAAGCCACGCCAUCCCCAUCUCCACCAUCCAAUCCAUCGCCGAAUCCCAAGGAACGACCUUCCACCCCGGCGACAUCCUGCUCGUCCGUAGUGGCUUGACGGAAGCCAUGGAGGGGCUGGAUGCCGAUCAGCAGACCGCGGCGAUGACAAAUCCGACGAACGGCGGGUGCGUGGGCGUCGAGGGCACCGUGGAGGCGGCGAAGUGGUUCUGGAACCAGCACUUCGCGGCCGUCGCGGGCGAUAUGACCGCAUUUGAGGUGGUGGACGGGGCGAAGUUGUUUUCAGGCCUGGAUCCGGCGGAGGCGUUAGUGCUUCAUCAGUACUUCCUUGGGAUGUUUGGAAUGCCCAUUGGGGAGCUUUGGGAUUUGAAGGCGCUAUCGAAAGCUUGUGCGGAACGGAAGAAAUGGACGUUUUUGCUCACUUCCGUUCCUCUCAACUACUCCGGUGCGGUUGGGUCUCCGCCAAAUGCGCUGGCGAUCUUCUAG